GGGUGAGAGUCCACUUAUUUGCACAGUUGUUUGUCUCCUCUGGCAGAAAGGGUGCUGAGUUCCUGAGAGCUGAAGGCAAAGCUGACAGAUCCUGAGGCCAUGGCUUUUCCUGAGGGAUUUGGAUGGGGGGCAGCCACUGCAGCGUAUCAAGUGGAAGGAGGCUGGGAUGCAGAUGGAAGAGGCCCUUGUGUCUGGGACACAUUCACCCAUCAGGGAGGAGAGAGAGUUUUCAAGAACCAUACUGGCGAUGUAGCUUGUGGCAGCUACACUCUGUGGGAGGAAGAUCUGAAAUGUAUCAAACAGCUUGGAUUGACUCAUUACCGCUUCUCUCUUUCCUGGUCACGUCUGUUACCUGAUGGGACGACAGGUUUCAUCAACCAGAAAGGAAUUGACUACUACAACAAGAUCAUUGACGAUUUGUUGACAAAUGGGGUUACACCCAUAGUGACCAUCUACCACUUUGAUUUGCCUCAGGCUUUAGAAGACCAAGGAGGUUGGCUGUCAGAGACAAUCAUUGAAGCCUUUGACAGAUAUGCUCGGUUUUGCUUCAGAACCUUUGGGGAUCGAGUCAAGCAGUGGAUCACCAUAAAUGAGCCUAACAUUCUUGCUGUGUUGGCAUAUGACAUGGGCAGGUUUGCUCCUGGUAUAUCUCACUUUGGGCCUGCAGGUUAUCAGGCAGCUCAUAAUUUGAUUAAGGCUCAUGCCAGAGCCUGGCACAGCUAUGAUUCCUUAUUCCGAAAAGAGCAGAAGGGUAAGGUGUCUCUAUCAUUGUUUUUUGUCUGGUUGGAACCCGGAGAUCCCAACUCAGUGGCUGACCAGGAGGCUGUUAAAAGAGCAUCUGCUUUUGCAUUAGAUUUCUUUGCUAAACCUAUAUUCAUUGAUGGUGAUUAUCCUGAUCUUGUCAAGUCCCACCUUGCAUCCAUGAGUAAAAAGCAAGGAUUUCCAUCAUCGAAGCUUCCAGAAUUUACCGAGGAAGAGAAGAAAAUGAUCAAAGGCACUGCUGAUUUCUUUGCUGUGCAAUACUAUACAACUCGGCUCAUCAAGCACCCAGAGAUUAAGAAAGGAGAACAAGAAAAACUGGACUUUUGGCAGGAUUUGCAGGUUGACAGUUUUCCAGAUCCAUCUUGGGAAGGUGUUAACUGGGUCUAUGCGGUGCCGUGGGGAAUACGUAAAUUACUGAAAUAUAUUAAGGAUACGUAUAAUAACCCUGUAAUUUACAUCACUGAGAAUGGGUUUCCCCAGCGUGACCCCCCAUCUCUUGAUGACACUCAGCGUUGGGAGUAUUUCAGACAGACAUUUCAGGAAAUGUUCAAAGCUAUCCAUGUUGAUAAAGUCAAUCUUCAAGUGUAUUGUGCCUGGUCCCUUCUGGAUAACUUUGAGUGGUGUGAUGGAUACAGCCUUCGGUUUGGUCUUUUUCAUGUUGAUUUUGAAGACCCAGCUAGACCUCGGAUCCCUUAUACAUCAGCCAAGGAGUAUGCCAAGGUCAUCCGAAGCAAUGGCCUGGAGGGGGCUUUGUAGAAAUGGUGGCUGGGCAGUAACCCCUGGAGAGGACACCUCUGCUGCUGGAAGGAAAUCUGCUUCAGUGAUGAUCUCUCAGAUGACCUCA